AUAUGAAUCCACAGUUAGCUCAAAAUAAAAAAUCAAAAGGUAGAGGCCAAAUCAGGGAAACAAGUGUGUCAGUUUGUCAGUUAUGACCUAAGCCUUAGAACCGUGACAUCAUAAUGGCAGUGAUCUUGACUACUGUGGAAUCCUCAGGCUUCAAGCAUUUUACAGUACUCCGCCACGUGCUGUAGACUCACUUCGAUUUUCAGUGCCAAGAACUGAAGAAAAAUGGAUGUUCACAUCAAUCAGAAAGCAUGCUGAACUUUUAGGUGGCCAUUCAAGGCUUCACCUUAUAAGGGAAAGCUCUUCUGUUGACAUGGACGCCCACAGCGAAAACACUACAUCAUCUGAGGGUGCCACCCAUACCCUGCUUAUCCAUGGCCCUGUUGAACUCAAGCAAGGCUGGAGGAGGCAGAAACGGCACCUCUUCUUGUUCAAUGAUUUGUUGCUGAUGUCUAAUACGGAUUAUAAAAACACCUUUAAGAUAAAAAAUCAAAUACCACUGAGCACCAUGUGGAUAACCAACUGUACGGACAAAGUGGGAGAUACCAGCAUCAAUGCUGAGAGGUCCUUCAUCUUGGGCUGGCCCACGGUGAACUUUGUGGCCACCUUCAGGUCUUCCGAACUAAAGGAAAAAUGGUGCUCUUUCCUUCAAAGGUACAUCAAUCUAGCCAAGGAGAAGGACCAGCCAAAAAGCAUUCCCCUCCAAAUCUUCACUGGAGACAUUGAGAACUGUGGCGGUUCUGUAACUGUAACAGUGGCAAAUUCAGACACAGCGAAUGACAUUAUCAACAUGUCACUACCAAUGCUAGGAAUAACUGGCUCUGAGAAAGACUAUCAGCUGUGGGUCAGUUCUGGCAAAGGAGAAGCCCCACAACCACUAAUUGGACAUGAACAUCCCUAUGGAAUUAAAAUGAGCCAUCUUCCAUCUACUCCACUGCUGCCACAGGGACCAGAGGCCUCCAUCUCUCCUUCCACCCUCCAGGAGCCCCUCCUUCCAAAGGAGGGGUUCCCAGAGAUGCAAGGCCAGUUCAUCCUGAAGCCCAGGCACCCAGUGCAGAACCAGCAAGGGAGAGGUUCAGGCCAGAAGACAGUUAAAAGGAAUCCUUUCAUAAACUGGGCCUUUAGGUGGGGCCCCAGAGCUUGCCAGGACAGCCAGUGCACAGCUCCACCUUCUGCAAAGCCAGCACAGCUCUUCGGAGUUUCCCUCAUGGAUGUGUGUGAUAAUGACCACCUGCCCUCCCCCAUUCUGGAUAUGCUUUGCUUUAUCAAUCAAAAAGGGCCAUUCACAGAAGGCAUCUUCAGAAAAUCAGCCAAUAUGAAAUCAUGCAGAAUCCUGAAGGAGAAACUAAAUUCUGGGGACAAAGUGAACUUGGACAGUGAAUCUGUUCUUGUGGUAGCAUCUGUCUUAAAGGAUUUUCUUCGAAAUAUCCCAGGAAGCAUAUUUUCAUCCGAUCUCUAUGACAAAUGGCUUGCUGUUGCUGAUCAAGGGAAUGAGGAGGAGAAAGUAACUGCAGCCCAGAGGCUGUUAGACCAGCUGCCAAGAGUGAAUGUUGUUCUCUUGCAAUACCUUUUUGGAGUGUUAUACAAUAUUGAGCAGCAUUCCUCAUCCAAUCAGAUGACAGCUUACAAUUUAUCAGUGUGUAUAGCCCCAAGCAUUCUUUGUUCAUCUAAUUCCUGCAGCUCGGGAUUAGAAAGCAACUUCAUAAAAAAGGUUUCUCUUGUACAAUUUCUCAUUGAAAACUGCCUCAAGAUAUUUGGGGAAGACAUCACUUCCCUCUUGGGAGAGAGCUCAACGAGCUGUGAUAACAGCGAGAAUGCUGUAGUGACAGCACAACAACCUCUUGAAUCCAAGCCAGCGGCGGUGAUAGUGAUUUACAAAAAGGCACAACUGCAGGAUAAUACCAAGACUUCAUCUGGCAUGGAUCCACAUAGCCACCUGUCUACAGUUCUCAAAGUCACUGAAGACUAGAAUCUCCAUAAUGACACUUGAUCCUUCCUUUUCCUCUAUUUCAUAUAAAAUAGGAAAUAUAAAGAACUCUUUCCAAUGAAUGAAAAAUGAGCCCCUUCCAAGGCCCCAGUUUAUCCCGUUUGAGUUUUUCUUUUCCUCGAUCCCAUUUGUCCCUAUUGAGGUAAGCUUCCCACAAAAUAUCUCUUCUAUCUUCAAUGCCUACCACAUCAUAUUAUAUAUUUAUUGUAUUGUUUUGCAUUGUAUAGUUUUAUAUUAAUACAAUAAAAAUCACUCCCUAACUCA